CUAAACGAGCUGACCGCCGUCAAACCAGUCCAGGCCACUGUUCGCUUCUCAAACCCUAGCAAUGGCGGCGGCGAACCUGCUCUCGCGCUCCCUUCUCCCCCCCCUAAACCCUAGUCCCUCCGCCCACCCCAAUCGCGGUAGCCCCGCCGCCUUAUCCUUCCCUCGCCGCCACGGCCGCCUGAUCUCCCUCCGCGCCUCCAUCUCCACGGCCUCCCCGUCCCCGCCGCCGCAGCCGGGAGCAGCGAUGGGGGCGCCGAAGCACUGCUUCCGGCGCGGCGCUGAUGGGCACCUAUACUGCGAGAGGGUGCGGGUGGAGGACGCCAUGGAGGCGGCGGAGCGUAGCCCCUUCUACCUCUAUAGCAAGCAGCAGGUCGUCCGCAAUUUCGCCUCUUACCGCGACGCCCUCCAGGGGCUUCGGUCCGUCGUGGGAUACGCCGUCAAGGCCAACAACAACCUACCCGUGCUGCGGCUCCUGCGCGAGCUAGGAUGCGGCGCGGUCCUCGUCAGCGGCAACGAGCUCCGCCUCGCCCUCCAUGCAGGAUUCGACCCCACCAGGUGUAUAUUUAAUGGAAAUGGGAAGACGUUGGAUGAUCUCCUUUUAGCUGCUAAGAGUGGAGUAUUUGUAAAUGUAGACAGUGAAUUUGAUUUGGGUAACAUUGUCGAAGCUGCAAGGUGUGCUGGAAAGAAAGUGCCUGUUUUGCUUAGAAUAAAUCCUGAUGUGGAUCCGCAGGUUCAUCCCUAUGUUGCCACUGGAAAUAAAACUUCCAAAUUUGGGAUUCGCAAUGAGAAAUUGCAAUGGUUUUUGGACUCUAUCAAGUCAUACUCAAAUGAUAUCAAACUGGUUGGUGUUCAUUGUCAUCUGGGAUCUACCAUUACAAAGGUUGAUAUAUUCAGGGAUGCUGCUGUUCUUAUGGUGAAUUAUGUUGAUGAAAUUAGAGCACAAGGUUUUGAGCUGGAGUACCUGAAUAUUGGAGGUGGUUUGGGGAUAGAUUACCACCACACGGAUGCAGUCUUGCCUACACCUAUGGAUCUCAUCAACACUGUGCGAGAACUAGUUCUCUCUCGAGAUCUUACUCUUAUCAUUGAACCGGGAAGAUCCUUGAUUGCUAAUACUUGCUGCUUUGUCAAUAAAGUCACUGGUGUUAAAUCUAAUGGUACAAAGAAUUUUAUUGUUGUUGAUGGCAGCAUGGCAGAACUAAUCAGACCUAGUCUAUAUGGAGCAUAUCAGCAUAUCGAACUGGUUUCUCCCCCCUCUCCUGAUGCGGAAGUAGCGACCUUUGAUAUUGUCGGACCAGUUUGUGAGUCUGCAGAUUUCCUUGGAAAAGAUAGGGAGCUUCCAACACCUGACAAGGGAGCUGGUUUGGUUGUUCAUGACGCAGGUGCCUACUGCAUGAGCAUGGCUUCAACAUACAAUUUGAAGUUGAGACCACCAGAGUACUGGGUAGAAGAGGAUGGUUCAAUCGUUAAAAUCAGGCAUGAGGAGAAAUUGGACGACUACAUGAGGUUCUUUGAUGGUCUUCCUGCUUAGACAUUUAUCUGCGAUUGUGAUGAGCGGCUUUUUGUUGGAUAGCUAAAGUUUCUCUGCCAUUAUCAUUCGUUUUCUUUUGUGGCCGUAGUAGAAUUUGUGUCUUUAUAAGGCAGUUUGGUCUAUAUUUCAGUAUCAUUCUGGAUUGCCCUUUUAUGUGCUGUUAGUAAGAUUGUUAGCUCGGCGAAUAAAAUUGUUGGCUUAGUGAA